AUGGCUCUAGCACCACCACCUCAGGAGCUUCUUGACGCUAUUGUCGAUGAGCUCAGGUGUGAUCUGCCAUCUCUAGCUACAUGUUGCGCCGCCAGUCGUCUCUUACGCUCUCGUGCUUGCAAACACCUCUUCAGAGAUGUUACAUUUCACCCAAAAUCCUAUCAGUCGUUAUAUCGACUGGUGCAGUCAUCGAGGGAUAUCCCAGAGUUUAUCCUCGUCCUUCGUAUCCAUGGGGGGGAAUUCACUGGCGAUCAGUGGGCUAGGGACCUGGCUAUCCUUCUGAAGAUGCUCAUUAAUGUGAAGGAGCUGAGGGUCCAAUCCAUGCUAUGGGGAUAUUUCCUCGCCGAGCAAUACCCCACCCUACACCACACCCUAAUCUCAAUGCCCAUAACUUCGCUGUAUCUCGACCGAGUCUGUUUUGCCAGCAGCGUUGAGCUAUUUUCAGUCAUAUCUCAGUUCCGCUCCUUGAAGCAAUUGUCGCUCGGAACAUUCAUCCAAUCGUAUUCCGUAUCCCAGCUUCCGUUUCCGUCGCCUGUGAUUCCACCGAAGCUAUGCGAAUUGAGCAUGGAUAUGGAGAACAGCACCGGCAUAGUCCAAAGCCUUCUGAACCAGCCCCAUCCUUUGAUAUACUUGCAGGGCAUCAAAGUGCUUAAGAUUCAUGGAUGUAGCAACUAUGAUGUUGGCACUGUCCGAUCCAUCAUGACGGGUUGUCCUUCCCUCGAACAUCUGAUAUUUGGACAAUCUUAUCUUUGCACGUCUUUCAAGCGAACGUUUUUAUUCCAGUUUGACCAAUCCGCGGCCAUGACACUGGCAGGGAGGAUUCAGACACUUGAUGUAUCCUACCUCAAAUAUUUGACGGUGACCAUCCUGGAUUGCUCUACGCAAUUGCAGUGGUGGGUAGACAUGUUCUUGAUCCUGCAGUGCGAAUGUCGAAUUCAAGUGGUGACAAUUGUGGUAGAAAUGAAGGUUUGGGGUUAUUCACCAGGUUGUGCGGCUUUUUUCCAAGCCGCUAGAUGGCGAGCUUUUGAUCGGGCUUUGACACUACCGGCAAUGGGAUUUCUGCGGAAAGUGGUGGUUAAACUCUGUGCACUGGACUACUCUGUAUCAGGGGAUCUCUUAAAGCCUUUCGAAGCAACCAUACACAAUUCCUGUUCUGUCCUGAAAGAAAGAGGUCUUCUUCAAGUGGUAGAGUCUUUCUUCGCUUCUAACCCAUCUUUUCGCAUUAAUAUCGGUCCCAAGGAAAUCUGUUGA